AUGGCAAAUGCAGCAUCAGGUAUGGCAGUCCAUGAUGACUGCAAGUUAAGGUUUAUGGAGCUCAAGGCAAAAAGGACACAUAGGUUCAUUGUUUAUAAGAUUGAGGAGAAUCAGAAGCAAGUCAUUGUUGAGAAGCUUGGUGAACCAAUUCAAGGCUAUGAAGAUUUCACUGCAUCCCUUCCUGCUGAUGAGUGCCGUUAUGCUGUUUAUGAUUUUGAGUAUCUGACAGAAGGGAAUGUCCCCAAAAGCAGAAUUUUUUUCAUUGGCUGGUCACCUGAUACUGCAAGGGUGAGAAGCAAGAUGAUUUAUGCAAGCUCCAAAGACAGGUUCAAGAGGGAGCUGGAUGGGAUUCAAAUAGAGUUGCAGGCAACUGAUCCUACUGAAAUGGGUCUUGAUGUGUUCAAAAGCCGCGCCAAUUAA